AUGCGUUCGUCCGCGUCGGCGACGCACUGCUUGACCAUUACACGCGACGGCGGCGUCGAAGCAAAACCGCUCACACCGUCCGGCAAUCGCUUCGGCCAGUGCGGCGACGGACGCUCUGAAAAGAAGGCGUCGCUCGACGCGCGGCGCGUCGCAAACAUCGCCGACUGCGUCGCCGUGGCGGCUGGCGGCGGCAAGGACGCGGGCCACUCCGUCGCGGCGACGGCGGACGGCGCCGUCUACGCCUGGGGCUGCGACCGCUGGCAGCAACUGGGCCUCGGCAGCGCCGAGGCCGGCGCCGUCGGCUACACCUGGGAGGGCGGCCGGCUCUGGCGGACGUCGCCGCAGCGCGUCGGCGCGCUCGGCGACGUCGUCGACGUCGCGGCCGGCGCGGACCACAGCGUGGCGCUCUCGAGAGACGGCCGCGUCUUCGCCUGGGGCCGCGGCAACGACGGCCAGCUCGGGAACAAGGCCUUCGUCGGGCCGCCCCGAAAGGUCGCGGCGCUCUCCAAAGACGCGACGCGGCGCCCCGUCGCCGUCGCCGCCGCCGCGGCCUGCUCCUGCGCGUGGCUCGAGGACGCGCUCGGCUCCGGCACGGCGGCCUGCGUCGGGUCGUGCUCCAAGGUCGCGGCGUCCCUGCGAGAGGCGCUCGCGACGAAGGUCGACGCCAGGAAAACAUGUCGCUUCGGCGAGUUCGCGGAGACGCUGACGUAG